AUGGCACCCAAAGAUCACCAUGGCCUCGCUGAGAUCUCUUUGUGUGAGGUUCCGCUAGAGCAGGGGCCAAGUUCCCACCAUGAGGAGGAUGUCUUUUCCGAUCUGUCAGCCAGCAUCCCCAGCCUGCACCAGCUGUCAUCGGGCGCCAGAGCAGCUACUAGGGCGGAGCGAAAGAUGUCUCUGCUCACAUGCUGUCAACUUUACCCAAAAGCCAUCGCAUGGUCAGUCGUUCUCUCGUCGACGAUCAUUAUGGAAGGCUACGACACGACGCUUCUCGUCAGUUUCUUUACAUUCCCGGGCUUCAAACAGAAAUACGGAGCCCGGGAUCCAUCUCGUCCCGGAAACUUUGAAAUCCCAUCCCAGUGGCAAUCGGGCCUGACCUCUGCAGCUGUGGUAGGCCAAAUUAUCGGCCUGUUUAUGAACGGCUUCCUCGCAGACCGGUUUGGCUAUCGCUGGACGAUACUGGUGGCAUUGGUCUCUUUGUCUUUCUUUAUCUUUUUGCCUUUCUUCGCCGUGAACGUUCAGAUGUUCUUAGCUGGCCAGGUCCUAUGCGGGAUUCCGUGGGGAAUCUUUCAGACCUUAGCCACGACGUAUGCGGCAGAGAUUAUGCCAGUUGCACUUCGGGCGUAUAUCCUCAGCAGUGUGAACAUAUGCUGGUUGAUUGGACAGCUCUGUGCUGUUGGGGUAGUCCGCAGCCAAACAGGGAAUCAAUCGGAGUGGGCGUAUCGCUUGCCACUUGCCUUGCAGUGGGCUUUGGCUGUGCCGAUCAUGAUCGGGGUGUAUUUCGCACCCGAGUCCCCAGGGUGGCUGAUCCGCAAAGAGCGGCCCGAAGAAGCCAGAAGAACAUUACUACGUCUUACCACAGCACACGAAGCCGGCUGCAACGUUGACGAGAUAGUAGCGAUGAUGACACAUACCAAUGAAACAGAAAAAUAUCUGGGCAGCGGCCAAAUGACAUAUUUGGACUGCUUUAAAGGGAUCAAUCUCCGACGGACGGAGAUUGCCUGUAUGAUCUGGGUUACCCAGCAAGCCUCAUUCUCCAGCUCGGGGACUUACGCAGCAUAUUUCUAUGAACAAGCCGGUCUGAGCGUCCAAAACUCCUUCACCCUUGCCAUCGGUAUGUACGGCGUGGCCAUAGUUGGCGCGAUCAUGUCGUGGUUCUGGAUGAGGCGAGCCGGGCGUCGUAGGAUCUACCUCAUUGGCCUCGCGGCCUCGAUGGCUAUCCUCGCAAUUGCGGGUGGCAUUGCAUUCCUACCUGCAACAGAUGCCCAAUCAUGGACUCUUGGUGGCCUGAUUACCCUCCUCACAUUCAUAUAUGACCUCAGCAUUGGGCCUAUAUGUUAUGUCCUCGUUGCAGAGAUCCCUUGCACCCGGCUGCGAGUCAAGACUGUGGUACUCGCCCGUAUCGUGUAUAAUGUGGCUUCUAUUGUUACCAAUGUGAUGACCCCACGGAUGCUGAAUCCUACAGCCUGGAACUGGAAGGGCAAGUCGUGCUUCUUCUUUUUGGGGUUUAGCGCCGUGUGUUUCGUAUGGUGCUACCUGCGACUCCCCGAGACAUUUGGGUUAAGUUACUUGGAAAUUGAUAUCUUGUUUGAAAAGAAGGCUAAAACUAGCAAGUUUCGAGAACUUCAACGGCACUUGGCCAAUAGGGGGUAUUUCAGUGUGUCAGAUGAGGUUCAGAAACGGCCGGCCAUGUGGUGA